GCAUGACCCCAGCAGCAACAGCACGCGACUUCAUAUCGUAACGAAACCUUUACGGAGCUUCAACCUUACACGCACGCAUAUCUUACGCGGCUGAUGGUCCUCGCACGCGUACUGUCAUAACGCAGGCUGUGCGGCUCUUGGCCCCUGUGACAACAGCAGCAACGACGCUGGUUGCGCGACACGCAAGCCUCACUUCCGCUCGGGCUCGGUUCUCGCUCGCAGCCUUCUCAGUUCGCGGCUGCUGAUAGUUCGCUGCUGGCGGCGCCGCAGCAAUUUGCUGAUAUCACCAGCUAACAUUCAGCAGCUUAGCAUUUAGCAACUUAGCAGCGUCAACAGCAGCUGAGCGACCCGCGCCGUUGACAACAUGCCGAUGCUCUCAGCCGCCGCGGGCGGGCUGGCAAUACUGCCCCUGUCGGCGACGCUUGAGCGUGUUCGCCUCUUCCUGCGCUGGGUGGCCGCGGGAGCGGGUGCCGCUGACGCCGACGCCGGCGCAGCAGCAGACGCUGACGAGGCGGCGGCGGCGGCGGCGGCAGUAGCAGCAGUCAGCUCCGAUUCAGAUACGUCGGCGGAGAGUGAGAGUGCCGGCGAGGGCGAGGGGGGAGAUGAGGAGAGGCCCCGAGUGCGCCGGCGGCGGCCGCGCCGGCGGCGACUUCCGCCCGAUCCGGCGGCCGCGGCGGCGGCAGCGGAGGCGGCGGCGGCGGGCGGAGAGCCCGCGCCCAGGCAGCGCCGGCGGCGGUGGGGGCUUGGCGGCCUCUUUGGCGUCGUCGGCGGCAACGUCGGCGGCGGCGCCGCAGCAGUAGGGCCGCUCGCCCCUCCCCUGCCCCCCUGGUGGUGGCAGGGCCGCCAGCUGCAAUGGAACGACGGUGGCGGCGGCGGCGUCGGCGCCGGUGACGUGGCGUUUCUACCGGAGCGGGAUUUGAUCGUGCGCAGCGGCAGCGGCAGCAGCCGGCGCAGCGGCAGCAGCCGUAGCAGCGGCAGCAGCCGGCGCAGCGGCAGCAGCCGUAGCAGCGGCAGCAGCCGGCGCAGCGGCAGCCUCGCCAGCAGCGGCAGCAUCGCCAGCAGCGCGUUCAUGACGCCGCGCAGCUCGCCUCCCACCAGCGUCGCCCCGCUGCCGUCACUCGCCCCAACCACGGCCCCCUGCACCGCCACACCCCUCCCGACUGCUGCCGCCGCCCGCUGGGUGUCGCCCCAUCCCGUAUCCUCGCCGGCCGGCUCCCCUGCGACCACACAGCAGCACUACCCCGCCACACCUGUGCCCGCCCCCUCCCGGCGAAGCUCCGCCUCCCCGCCCUCCACGGCCCGCAUCUCCCCCAACUCCUCUCCACCGUCCUCUCCGGAUGAGACUGGCAGUAGCAACAGCAUCAUGCUAGACGACGCAGCAGCAGCAGCAGCUGCUGCAGCUGCUGCUGCUACAGCUGCGCUGCCGCCGGCUGCCGCUGGGCCAGUUGCCAUCAACAGGCGCAGGCACACUGGCGUCGGCGGCGGUUAUGGUUACGAUGGUGGCGGCGGCGGCGGUGAUCAGGGCAGCAGUAUGGCUAACGGCAGUAGCACCGGCACCAUUGCCAGCUCCAGCCCCAGCUCGCAGUCGCCCCCGAGGGAUGUGGCAGCGGCAGUACCAGCGGCCGCAGUUGCAGCGGCGGCAGUAGCAAUUGCGGCGGCGGCAGCAGCGGCGGCGGCUGAGUCCGAGCUGCUACAGCUCAUGCCGACCACCCCCGCCUCCCGCACAAGUCUGCAGCAGCUGCAGCUUCUGCCGCCGCCGUCGCCGCCUUCGGAGCUGCGGCUACAGCCACAGCCGCAGCUACAGCCGCUGCUGCUGCCGCGGCCUGUGCUCCCGCACCCCGGGCGACAGCUGGAGCUGGAGGGUGGGUGGCACAGUGAGCUAUUGGCUACCUCAGCCGCUGCUGCUGCCGCUAGCCCUGCAACACUGGCGAUGGCGGUGCAACAGCAGCAGCAGCAGCAGCAGCAGCAGCAGCAGCAGCAGCAGCAGCAGCAGCAGCAGCGCGGCGGCGCUGGAGGGAAUGCGACUUUGACCGCCGUCAGUGCUACAGCCGGAUGUGGCUGCAGGGUCCAACAGCGAGCCCCUGCUGCUACUGCCGCUGCCGAUACGGCCGCUGCUACAGCUUCUCGCCGGCCUCCGGAGUUGCGUCUCCCACUUCCCCCAGCCUCCCUCCAGCGGCCUGCUGCAGCUGCCAUGAGCGCUGAAGCGCCGCCGGACGCAGCCGCCUCGGCCUUAGCUGCUCGGCCGCCGCUGGCUGCUACUGCCGCCGCGCCAGCGGGGCCCAUUGCGGCGGCUGCGCGCGCGGGCGCCGCCGCCACUGGCAGUAGCGUCAGUGGCUCCGGCAGUAGCGGGCGCUGCCUCUACACGUCGCCCACACAGCACGUGGAUGUGGCGUUCAAGUUCGAGACGCCCCCCGGUCUGUCGUACGAGGCCGCCGCCGCCAUGUUCACUGCUACAGCCCACCGCACCGUGGACAGCCUGCUGACUCGCCGCUACGGCGGCAGUAGCAGCCUCAGCCCCGGCGGCGGGACCAGCAGCGCCCCAGCAACCGUUGGCGGCGGCGCAGCUGCCGUCGCGGCGGCUGGCGCCGCCGGCAGUAGCAGCAACAUCAGCGGCGGCAGUAGCGCGGCGGCGGGCGGCGCCGCCGCGGCCGCGGCGGCUCAGGGCGGCGGCGGCCUCCGCUGGCACAGCUACGCCACGCAGGUGCACUGCGUGCGGGGCUGCAUCGAGGUGGUGCUGCGGCUGCAGUAUGAUACUGGCGGCGGCGGCGCAGCCCCCGCCACAACUGCCUCCCCAACCGCCACAGCCGCCGCAGCCGUACAGCAGUACCAGCAGUGCAACGACCAGCAGGAGCCAUACGAUGACGAGGCGCUGGCGGCGGCGCUGGCGGCGCUGGAGGAGGAGCUGAGGCUGCAGCUGGAGGUGUCGGCGGCGGCUGGCGGCGCUGGCGGCGGCGGCGGCGGCGGCAACGGCGCUGCAUCUGGUGCCACCACCGGUGCUUGGUCAGGUGCUGCGUCUGGGUCCGCUGGUGGGCUGGCGAUGGGAGCUACGGCUGAGCAGGCGACCUGGUGGCCGUUCCUGCUCGCGCCGGCACCGGCGGAGCAGCAAAGCCUGCAGCUGGGCCUCCCCUCGCCCGAGCUUGGCUCGCAGCCGCACACGCCCCCUGGCCGCGCCUCGCCGGCGACCGCCGCGACCACAACCAGCCCAACCGCCGCCUCCUCGGCGCCUCCAAGCGCUGGUGCGGGCAGCCGAGCUGGAGGUAGCAGCACUGGAAGCGACGCGCAGCCGCAGCAGGAGCCCACAACCGCUGCGGCUGCAGGGCAGCUGGUCAAUGAGCUGUUCAGUGAUUUUGACGGUAGCGGCUGCGCACUGGCCGUACCGCUGCUGCUGUACAUGGACCCGCCCGUGCUCACCACCACCGCCGCCGCCGCGCCCACAACUGGCGCCGGCAGUAAUGGGAUGGCGAGCGGAAGCGGGGCGGGCUCCGGCAGCAGCCACGGCGGUAGCCACGGCGGCAGUGGCAGCGGCGACAGCAGCAGCGGUGGAAGCAGCGGCGAUGUGAGUGGCACCAACAGCGCUACAGCAGCAGUGGCCUCACACAUGCCGCACCAGCACCACAACCACAAGCGGCAGCAGCAGCAGCAGUCGAUGCGACAGGAGCAGGAGCAGGAGCAGGGGCGGGAGGUGCAGCAGCCGGCACUGCCUGUGCUGCCUCGGGUGCGCGUGCAGCCGUCCCUGCACCCGCAUUACGAUGACCACCACCCGCAGCAGCACCAGCAGCACUGGCAUGCGCCGAGCCUGGCAGCGGAGCCGCUAGCCAUGCCGCGCCGGCCUAGCAGCACCAGUGCCGGCGUCGGCGCCGGCGUCGAUGCUGCAGUUGCAGCGGCGGCGGCGGCGGCGGCUGGUAGCUUUGAGAACUUUCAUGGGGGCUUCGACGGCGGCGGCGGUGGCGGCGGCGGCAGUGGCUACUGGCUCAACAGCCCGAUGACGCCCUCCCACUUCACGCCCUUCCAGGGGCCCGCCGCGGCAGCAGCGGCGGCGCUUGCCGCCGCCGAUGCCGCGGUUCGUCCGGGCGUGGCAGUGGCGGCGGCGGCAGCGGCGGCGGCAGCCCCGCCACCACCGUGGGUGCCAGGCCGCUCUGCGUCGGCGCCCUUUUCGCAGUUGGCGGCUCCGCUGCCGCCGCCGGGGCUGCUGCUGCUGCCCUUUGUGCGGCUGCCCCCCGGACUGCCGCCGCGCGUGCAGGAGGCCGCCGGCGGGGCGUGGGGCGAGGCGUGGGGCGAGGCGGCGGAGGAAGAGGUGCAGAUGUGGCUCACUGCGCCGGCGGUGGCGUCAGCAGGCCUGACGGCAUCAACGGCAGCGGGGAGGGGAGCGGCAGGGGGCGGGGCGGCUGUUGCCGUCCACUCCCUACUGCCCAAGCUCACCGCCGCUGAGGAGGCGACUGGGGUGCUGUCGUCAGGGCAGCAGCAGGACCAGCAGCCGGGCGGCGGCGGGCGGCGGCCGCGCCGCCACUCAGUCGACGACUCGGCCCUGCAAUGCGCAGACGGCCGGCAGCUGGGCUGUGGCAAGGAGCCAGCCGCCAAAGGCACUGCCGCUGCCGCUGCCGCUGCCGCUGCCGCUGCCGCUGCCGCUGCCGCUGCCGCUGCCGCUGCCGCUGCCGCUGCCGCUGCCGCUGCCGCUGCCGCUGCCGCUGCCGCUGCCGCUGCCGCUGCCGCUGCCGCGCAGCCUGCCGAGACUGGCGGCGGCGUGCCGGCGGCCACUGGCGACGUGGUCACAGGCACGGGCGUGGUCACAGGCACGGGCAGCCAGCCCGGCACAGCGGUGCAGGUGGCGGUGCGGCUGGUGAACAAGGAGCAAGGGGAGCAGCAGGGCCCUUUAUCACCGCCGCCGCCACCAGAGCCGGCAGCUAGCAGCAGCAGCAGCAGCAGCAGUAGUAGCCGCACCGUGCGGUUACAGCUGUUCCCUGACCCCGACUGCAGCGAGGUGGCGGAGUGGAUGGCUGCAGCAGCAGCGUCAACAGCAGCGGCAGGCACGGAGGCCGUGGGUCAUGCUGAGCCUGGCGGCGGCGAGGUCCAAUCGGAUGCUACUGCUACUGCUACUGCUACGGCCACUGCUACUGCCGUGCCGCCGCCGCUGCUGGUGCGGGUGGUGGUGACGCAGGCAGGCGCGGUGGUGGCGGAGGUGCCGCGGCUGGAGGUGGGGCCGCGAGGAGCCAGCGUCAGCCUGGAGCUGCCUGCCACGCUGGCUGAGGGCAGUGCGGCACUGCUGGUGCUGCCGUACCGCGGCGGCCGCGAGGCGGAGCCCGACUGCAGUAGUGCUACAGCCCCUGCGGCCCUGGCGGCGCUGCACUACAGCCCCAUUGCGGUGGUGCCGCCGGAGGUGGCGGCGGAGCUGUGUGGCCUCAUGGGCCGCAUGGAGCAGGAGCUGGCGGAGAAGGAGGCGGCGGCAGUAGCAGCAGCUGGCGAGGGCGGCGGCAGUAGCAGCACCAACACCAGCAGCACCAUGAUGACCCGAGCCCGCGCCUUCACUGAGAAUCUGUGCCCGCUGGUGUCCGACAUGGAGUCAGUGAUGCUCGGCUGCGACCGACUGGCUGCGGCUACUGCUACUGCUACUGCUACUGCCGUAGGCACAGUCGCUGCGCCGCCACCGCCGGCUGUAGCAGCCGAGCCCGCCGCCGGUGCGCCCGCCGCUGCCCUACUGGGCGAGGAGGCUGUAGCAGCCCGGCUGGACGAGCUGGACAUGCUGGCGGGCACGACCUUGUCGUACAUGAGCCGUGUGGGCAUGCCGUACACCCUGCAGUACGUGCUGACACGGAUCCGGCGGGCGGGCGUGUCCGUACGGCUCGUGCCGCCCGAGGCGGAGCCGCUUGGUGAGGGGCAGGAGGAGGGGCGGGAGGAGUGGCAGGAGGAGGGCACGCAGGCGGGCGCAGGAGGGGCAGUCGGGCGGGCAGCAGUGGGGGGCGUGGAGGGGCGCCCGACGGUGGCACAGCGGCAUCAGCAACAGCAGCAACAGCAAGAGCAGCCCCGUGAAACGGACGCAACGGAGCGGGAGGCAGCGGUGUCGGUGGCGCAGAGUCAUCGCGGCGGUGGAGGCUGUGGGAGCGACCUGCCGGGAGUGGAGGCGCUUGGCGGCGGCGGUGGUCCAGCAGACUGUGGGGGCCGCGCCAGCGGCAGCGGCUGCAGUGGCGGCAGUGGUAGCGGCAGUGGCGGCAGCUGCCGUGGCAGCAGGGCCCGCGGCGGUGACGCCACCACCACCACCACUCAUUGCAAUGGGGCCGGUGGCAUCAGCAGCUUGUGCCGCAGCGACUCGCCCCGGGCUGCUGCUGGGGCCAGCGUGGCUCGCCGGCCUCCCCCACGCCACCAGUCCGCCUACGCCUCUACCAGUAGCGCCGCUGCUGCAGGGUUCGACUCCGGCGUCGCCACCGCCGCCGCCGUCCGCCAACUGGGUCCGCCGCCACGCAGCCGCAGCAGCCGCAGCGGCAGCGGCAGUCUCCUGCCGCUGCUCUCCGCCCUCGCAAGCAGCGGCGGCCGCUCGGACGUCUCAGACGCCUCAUCACAGGUCUCCGAUUGCUCCCAGCCGUCGGCGGCGGCAUCGAUUGCAACCAACGACGGCCCAGGCGCCGCCGUAAACGGCGGCGGCGGCCGCCCGCAGCCGACAUGGCGUGCCGCCAGGCUGCUGACGUGGCGCUCGGCCGCCGCAGUGGUGGUGGCUCUGGCGGUGCUGGCGGCGACCGGUGUGCUUCACUACCUGGCGUCGGCGGAGCCGCAGCCGCUGCUGCUACUCAGCUUGGGCUGCGUUGGCGGCUUCGCCGCCGCCAGUAGCAGCACGGCCGAUGAUGCCGGAGGCAGGGGAGGGGAGGACGCGGCUGCUGUGCUGCAGCCGCUGCCGCCGACACCGCUGCAGCGGCAGCAGGGCGCAGAUUUGCCACGGCGCUUCGUCUGCCAGAGCCAAUUGGUCAGCCGCCUACUCGGCAACCUGGGCUGGCCGCUGCUGCGGCUGCUCAUGCACGCCUGCAGCCGCCGCCCGGUGUCGCCGUAAUGGGUGGCGGUAGCCGCCUGGCGGCACCAGCUCCUGGUUAUCUCCGGCGGCUGCAGCAGCUGCGGCCUCGACGUUGCUUUUGGGUGCAAGUACUCGCGGCUACGGCACGCCGCACCCGCCUGCCACCCGGCCUGCCACCCGGCCUGCUACCCUGCGCUUCCGCGCGUGUGGGUGCGGAUGUAGGUGUGGAGUGUGGAGGUGGGGUGUAGGGCUUCAUGCAGGGCCGCCGCAGGCAUGCUUGCGCUGCUGCUGCAGCAGCAGCAGCAGCAGCAGCAGCAGCAGCAGCAGCAGCAGCAGCAGCAGCAGCAGCAGCGGCGGCGGCGGCGGCGCUGCCUGAGGCGUAGGGUGUUUGUUGUUGCCGCCGGCGGCGAGUGGGAGGAGGUAGCGGCGCGCUUCGGGACCAGUAAUGAGUUUAGCACACAGUUUCGUCGGCUUGCUAGUAAGCAAUGGGGCAAAUGUAGGAGGCGAGGCGGAUGCAGCUACCGUGCGUGGUGCAUCCGUGCGUGCGGCUACUGCUGAGGUCGUUUCCUUAGCAUCGCCAGCGGGCAGGCAGGAAGAAGGGAAUAGCUCAUUCAUGGCACUGCUGCUUUGCUCAGCGUUUACCAAGAUGGCUUAAGGAAUGCGGUAGCUGGGCGCGUUAAGUAAGUGUGAAGGAGCGUGGAAGAGUCCCGGCGUGCUGCAGUGUCAAUUUACAAGCAAGUCAGGAACGGACGCGCCUUGCCGCUUGGAGGGCUGUGGGGCAUCCCGCAGGUCUCCACACAGCAGGCAGGUUGAAAUGGGAUGAUUACUUGUGUCGUUCAUUCUUUAUGGCGUUUGGAAUCGUCCAGAACCCGCGCGCGCAUGCCGGCAUGGCCGCAUUGAUACUGUCCCAUCUUUGUACUUUCGCAUCCAUGACCACAUUGAGUCAUGCGUUGGCCAUGAAUCUAGUUGGGUCAUGGCGUAAGCCUGGUUUCAUUACGUGCGCCAGUUGAGAGGGGGACACUAGAUACAUAGUUGAGGCACCGGCAGGCAUGUGUGUAAAAAAAGAGAACUUGAUCCGGUACAGGUCUGUGCGGUUGAAUGGAUUGCAACGGUUGCGAUCUGGAGGCCAGGGGGUGGCGGAAGGGUGGCGCGUAAAGCAAGGGCGUGCGCAAACGUACGCACUGACGUACGUACAGUACCUUGCGUGUGAUUGAUUAUGUGCCGUACUGCUGCCAACUGCUGCCACCUGCUAAAGCUAGGAACCUAGAAGUGGUCGUGCAUGCCCGCGAGCGGCGGAACCAGUGGCUUAAAAUAGUGGUUUGCACAGGCUAGCAACUAGACCCAUGUUUGCGGAAGGAUGGACAUGGGCGCAGACGGCAGUGCUGGAGGGCAGCGCAGUAGAGACAUGUUGUCAAUAGCGACGCCGCGACGGCCACCUAAGCUGUCUUGAUGGCAGGGCCCCAGCGUGGGACCGCAAAGUACGGAAUCAGAUUAAAGCUCGGCUCGACGGGGCUGGGCGAGCAGUGACGCAGUGUACAAUUGUACAUGCCUUGGACAGUACCGUACGCCGGUACGCGCCCAGCAGCAGAACGUGCUGGCUUGAUGAAGUGUAAACCCCACAAUGC